AGGUCAUGUUUGUUUGGAAAAGACAGUGGUCACCGAUGUCGUGUCUUUACCUUCUCGUCCGAUACUUUGGUCUUUUCGUUGCACUCUUCGUUCUUAUCUGGCGUCUUUACAUCCUAUGCCACCAAUCUAAACGCGUACUUUAUGUUCUGGUGGGGCUGUUCUUGCCUGUUGUCGCCCUCUCCAUAGGGAUGGACAUAUUUUUAUAUAGUCGACCCUCAGCGUUCUCAGUGAAAGAAGUAAUCACUGCGAACAUCAAGUACUGCGCCCCUUCCUUCAACAUAGGACCUAUGCCUGCGAUAUAUGCCUCCAUCCCCAUCAUUUGCUAUGAUAUUUUCCUAGUUGUUCUUUCAGCUUCCUUCCUUGUGAAACACCUGAAAGAACGGAAGGAAAUCAAAAUGAGGCCCAAUAUCUAUGUAUUACUAAUUGUUCGAUGUCAUAUCAUAUACUUCGUCCUGAAUCUGGCAAACCAAGUCUUCUUGGACAUAUUAUGGGCUAGCAUUCCGACACCGGUGAUGAGUUUCGCAGAGCUUUUCAACGAUACCGCACCAUUUAUUUUCGCGCCGCGUCUUAUCAUCAGCAUUUGGGAUACGCAUGCCAACGAAAACUGCGUACAGGUCAGUACGGCGUUCGAAGAUUGUGUAUGUUGGACUUCGCAUCCACAGCACGAGAUUUCGUUCGCAUGAUUUUGGCAUAGCGGUUACAACAUCAGGAUCAAGUCAGGAUCGAUGUAGAAUGAGGUGUGCAGGCAUGCUAAAAGUGUUCAGUCUCGGGCCCUGGCGGGGUUCCUGAUUUUCCAAGGGUAGAUCAGGGCUAAUUUUUUCUGUAAAUCCGUGCACUAUCUGAUAGUGCAACAUAGCAUAAUUUAUCAUAGAGGACUAAAUACACUCAUGGCCCAUGGCUCAUGACUCCCUCUCCCUCC